CGCCUUGUAUGUCAUAAAAUAAGUCGAAAUAAUUGUGAAUAGACGUCUUCUUUAUCAGGGUACUGUUCACAAUACUUGAAAAUGGCAAAUGUUUAUGAUUCAGUUCAUUUCAGUUCAGAUUUAGUAAAAGACUUUUCGUGUGUCGCUUGCGAAAGCAAACAUAUCGACACAAGUGCUGAUUUUUUUUGUGAAACAUGUUUGAAGUGUUUUUGCAAAAAAUGCCUAUAUCAUCAUAAUCAAAUAUAUGUAAAUCAUUUGACAUACGGAAGAGGAGAAACAAAUAAAUGGCCUGUAGCAAAGUUAAUGGAGGACUUGAUAAUGAAAUGUGAUAUUCACAACAAUGAGAAGCUGAAAAUGUUCUGCCAGGACCACAGUCAACUGUGCUGCUCUGAUUGUGUUUUACAAAAUCACAGUCGAUGCACCAAUCUGAAUCUUAUUUCUGAAUCAGUCAAAACGCUGUCAGUGGAUAUGCAGCAGUUGUUAAACAAAAUUCAAGCAAGUCUUGCUGAACUAGGAAAGUUUAAGAAAUCAAAAGAGGCCAACAUUAAGUCAGUGGAGGGAUCAUAUUGUUCAAAACUACAAGAAAUCAGAGAGCAGCGUAAGAAAUUAAAUGCUGCACUGGACAUACUAGAAAAUACAACCUUGAAAGAACUGGAUGAAAUUAGAACCACAUUGCAAACAUCUUUCAAGAAAGAUGUUGACAAAUGCACCAGACUAAAGGAUGAUCUUCAACAGCUAGGGGACGCUGUACAGGGCCUGUGUGACAAGAGCAAGAAAGAAAUGGAAUUCAUAGCCAGCAGGAAAUGUACGGACAAACUACAAGAGUGUAAGUCAUAUCUGAAGAAGAACCAUGUUAAGGUGCAGAGUUCAAUUAUAUUCAAGGCAAACAUUGAUAUUGAGCAGUACUUGUCUCAACAGGUAGGUCUAGGGAUAAUGCAGUUCUUUACAAAGGAGAUAAAUCCAUACCAGGUGUUGGCUGUGAAGAGAAAGUCCCUGUACAAUGUAAAAAUCCCAAACGAAAUACAUCAGAAUUACAUCACAGGCAUUUGUAGCCUGCCUAAUGGUCAGUUGAUCGUCGCAGAUUUUCAUAAUAAGAGAUUGAAGCUGUUGGACGAGGAUUUUAAUGUGUCCAGUCACUGGGAUGUGUCUGGUUCUCCAUAUGGCAUUUGCCUCAUCACAACUAGUGAGGUGGCUGUAACUCUUGGUCGUGAUAGUGUGCAGUUUAUCUCUUUGACCAAAAGCUGGUUGGUCAAUGAAAGGAAGCUACGGUUACCGCAUGCAGCUGUUGGCAUUGCCCACCAUCGGGGAAAAUUGUUUAUCACUUCUGACAUUGCUCUCUACCACUACACACUGACUGGGACACUUGUGAAGAAGCUUUAUGAGGAUACAAGAGGUGGCGCUAGAGUGUGCAAAUUUGCAUUGAGUCCUGCUGGUGACAAGAUUUAUAUCACUAACAACACUGAGCACAAGCUUAUCACUCUGGCCACAGAUGGCACCCUGAUAUCCACCUUCAUGGACCAUGAGCUACAAAGCCCACAGGGUGUGCAUGUCACACCCGCAGGACAAGUCCUUGUCUGUGGGUAUGCCUCCAAUACUGUCAUACAGGUGGAUCGUGAGGGGAAAAAGAAACUGGCCACUAUUGCAUCCCAGACAGAUGGAAUGAGCUACCCAAAAUCUGUUUGCUACAAUACCAUCACCGACCAGAUCAUUGUGGCAAUCAAUGAUAACAUCAUGGUCAUUGAUUUGCAAUAGCUCUUUUAGUGGGAAAAACCUCAAUAUAAUACUUAUAAAAAUAUAUGAAAGGUUAUUGAUGUAAAUGCCCAUCUAUUCUUUAAAUGGAACAUUGUGUCAACGAAAUUUAUCUCUAGGUCACAAUAUACGUUUUUAUUAUCAUCUAUAAAAUAAACUAAUUAUAUUGAAGUAAAGGUGUUUAAUGAUCUAAAUAUAAUACUAUUGAACACUAUCAGCAAUUGAGUAGUAAAAGCAAAACUGCUCCAACGUAUUAGCGUCGCACUGAAUGGCGGCGACUAGUAUGUAAUACUUUUUUUUCGCUUAUGGAAAGAGAAGUUAUUUAACGGAUCAAUGUAUACAUUUUUGGUUAUUUUUGUUAUCAUAUUAUCUUGCUUAGUGGUGAUUUUUUGUGUAAAUUAGUGUAAACAAGUGUUGCAUUUGUGCCUAUUACAUUUACUACAACAGUUAUUGCCAAUAAUGCAAAGGUAAGUCUUUUAAUUAAUAACUGAUCACAGGGACUGGGAAAUAAUAAAAGAUCACAUGGACUGGACAAAUACGCGAACCGGUGAAACUUUCUGGUUUUGUGUAAAAACAGAACAUAAUAAAAAUAUAUUUAUUUUGUGUUUUUUCUAACAAUAGCGCAGUUUUGAUUAACGCGUAUUUUCUUCAAUUUUACAAGACGACAGCGAUGACACGGUUUAUUGCUUUAUUGAUCACCGUUACACUACAGUCACUUAUUAAUAUCUUAGUUAGAAGGUGAUUUUUCAAGCGGUUCCGUAGUGUAGUGGUUACACGCUCGCUUCACAUGUGAGAGGCGUAAGGUUCGAGCCCCAGUAGAAUCAAAUUAUUUUAUUUGUGUUCUAUGUUAACUUUUUGUUUUGAUGUAGACAUUUUAGUUUAAAUAAAUAUGCUGUUUUAUUGUAACCAUUGUUUUGUUUUUAUUAUGCCCAUGAAAUAUAUGUGUGAGAGGGGGGGGGGGGUCGUAAACACAUUAAAACUUUUACAGUGUUUUCAUAUCAAUGAAUACUCAACCCUUAUCGUAAAUGAGCAACGUAAGAAUAAGUUCAGAAUCAUCUCCCUUGAAGUUGAAUAUGAAUUUACGCUUACAAGACGAUGCAGAUUUUUUUUAAACCUACACAGUUCUGUUCCAUUAAUGAAAACUGCACACGGAUGCCAGUAAAAAAAAGAAACCAAUGUAAAUAAAAUGAACUAUGAAAUAUUUGGGGGUUACAACACAAAAUCAUAGAUAAUGGUUAUUUGGGGGUUAAAACACACAAUCAUAGAUAAUGGUUAUACCAGUAUCUUUUUCUUUUUUUAAAUAAUCGGCCAAUAUAUUAAUAUUUACAGUAUAAAAAAUCAUUCCAUGUAACUUCAUUGAGUGCCUUUUACACUGAAAUUCCCAACGCCCUUUGAUGCUUUGCAUCAAUACUUAUCUUGUUAUCCUUAUAAAAUGACUUGUCUGUAUAUUUUGUAUACACAAAUAUAUGCCUAUCAUUUAUAAAAUAUCUCAAUUCUAGGCAAUCAAAUAGAAAGUAAAAUCGAAAUUUGUCCAGAAGCUCUAAAUGAGAUUUAAUUUAUUGUUGAGUGCUCAAAAGUGUUAUGUGCAGUGAAGUGCUACUUAGAGCUCUUCCGCAUUCAGGAAGUUAAUGUGAACAAAACUUUUGUUAAUAAUGAAGGAAUAUAUUCAUUUUUUUAACAUAUUUUUAGUUAGAAAACUCCAUGAUAGGUUAUAUAAUGUGACUGGUGAAAAAAAAUAGUGAUGCAAUUAUUCACUUUAACCAUUUUGAUUUGUUUUCACUUAAAUUAUGUUUGUAUCUAUAACGUUCACGAUAACGUUGUUAUAACAUUAAUAAGCAUGUUAUGGCUAUUUCAAAUACUGUUUUAUACAUACGUAUACAUACAUGUGCUUUAUUAUAAAUGGCUUAUUGCAAAAAGAAAAACUUUAAUUGCCGAAAAACGUGUUCACUUUGAACGUAAUUUCAAAGAGACAUGUCAUGUGUUUUGACCUCUAUCUAGGUCUGAAUGUCAACAUUUUUUUUUCAGAUACUAAACAACUUUUAAAAAUGUUAUGAUAAGAAUGUUUAGUUGUGUAAUGGUGUAAUUGCAGACACCUUCAUAUUGUUUUUCUAUUUUCUCAUCCAGAAUGCUCUUGAAAUUAACAAACCUUUUCACCUUGUAUUUUGAAUGAGUAGAAAUUGAACCUUAACGUUUUGCAAUAAAUUAGUAGUUACAAAGAUGGCCGUGGUUUAGUCGUUAUUUUCGUAUUUACAAGCAUUGUUUUGUUACUGAGUUGUGCUGUGAUUUAGUUGGACAAUCCAUGAAUAUAUGUCUUGGUGAGAUGCGAAUUCGAAAGAAUUGCUAAUAAUUCUGCUGCUGUGAUGUAACUUAAAUGUACGGGUGUGAAUUGCGUUUUUUUGUGUAAAGAAUCUGGUUAUAUGCUAUUGUUCUGGUAACUGGUGAUAGUCGAUUUUUAUCAGUAAGUAUCCAUUCAGAAGUGAUGUUUUUGUUUCUGAGCCAGCGGAUGUAAAUAAGAUGUAAAGGAUUAACAAGGCAUGCAAUUUGGUAAGAAACCUUGCAGAGGGGCGGGGUAAUUGGUUACAGUCCUGUUAUAAUUUGAUUUGACACUUUUAGUGAGAUAAAAUGAGUUGUUUACAUUGCUGAAUGUUUUUUAUUGUUGUGAGUGUAAUGAAAUCAAUUAUAUGUAUAUGCUUAAGAACAUAAGCUGCCUUACAUUGUGUAACUGUUAUUUAUAUUGGAUGUAAGCGCCCUGAAUAAAGCCUCUUUCCAGAACCCA